AUGGCGGUCGCAAACGGCGAGUUUCGACGACUGGGAAAAAAAGAACUCGGCCCCUAUGCCCUCGAAGAGCAGAUGCCCGGUGACAUAGCCAAGCUCCUACAAGACGAAGACAGCUCCAACAGCGUCGCCGGCGUCGUGCCAAAUCUCGCACAGCUCCUGGAGCAUGACAGCGACGUCGAAAAAGCAUAUCUCUGCACAGAUAAUGCGGUCCAACUCUCGAAGCUGCCGAACGAGGGUGCCCACUUUUGUGGAUAUCGCAACAUGCAGAUGCUGUGGUCUGUGUUGGCUUCGAUGAAUGCGAGACUUGGUUCGGCGAAACCUACCGUGCUGAAGUUGCAGGCGUUGAUUGAGGACGCUUGGGAUGUUGGGAUCAAUGACCAUGGCAGGAUCUUGACUGGCGGGAUUAAAGGGACGAGGAAACAUGUCGGAACUUCUGAGGCAGAAGCACUCUUCUUGAGCCUUGACAUUCCAUGCAGAGGUCAAGUCUUCUCUGGAAAAGAUGCAUCUACGCAACUUCUCGAUUCCGUCGAAGCGUACUUCUCAGACUCAACAUCGUCUUCUCAGCGAGUCAAUCGAACGAAUCGCAUGCCAAUCUUCUUGCAACGCCCGCAACACUCAAUAACAAUCGUUGGAAUUCAGAAGAUGCGAUCAGGUAAACGUCGGCUACUUAUUUUCGAUCCAGCCUGGAGUCCGCCGUCAAAGGUAAGGAGUCCUUUGAGUGAAUCUGACUGCAGAGGUUGGAAAGGCCAGUUAUUGCUGCGAAGGUAUCGUAAGAGCCAAAGGUAUUUUGGCCGCUUUAAAGAAUUCGAAACAUUGGAGAUCGAGCAGCGUGGACCAGACUCGUAA